GAUAUAGUGAAUGCAGGGUCCGGGGAGACCUGAUAUAGGGAAUGCGGGGUCCGGGGAGAGCGGAUAUAGUGAAUGCGGGGUCCGGGGAGAGCGGAUAUAGUGAAUGCGGGGUCCGGGGGAGAGCGGAUACAGUGAAUGCGGGGUCCGGGGAGAGCGGAUAUAGUGAAUGCGGGGUCCGGGGAGAGCGGAUACAGUGAAUGCGGGGUCCGGGGAGAGCGGAUAUAGUGAAUGCGGGGUCCGGGGAGAGCGGACAUAGUGAAUGCGGGGUCCGGGGAGAGCGGAUAUAGUGAAUGCGGGGUCCGGGGAGAG